CCCAGAUUCAAAGCCAAAGCGUGGUGUAAGCUCCAAAAACGCAACGCGGAUUUCCGGGGAGACGAAGAAAAAUCUAAGCUUGAUUCAUUGCUCGAUUUCAGCAGAACCGAUUCCAGGCGGAGAAUUUCGAUUCAGAGCUCAACUGCAAUUCCAUCUGGUAAAAAAAUGGGGACUCCUGCAUUCCCGAAUCUCGGAAAGCACUGCAGGGUUGAGGAUUGCCGCCUGAUUGAUUUUUUGCCCUUUACCUGCGAUUGCUGCCAGCAGAUAUUUUGUCUUGAGCAUCGAAGCUACAGCAGGCACAAUUGCCCAAAGGCGAACAAAAAUGACGUGACUGUCGUAGUCUGCCCACUCUGCGCUAAAGGAGUUCGACUAAUUCCCGAGGAAGAUCCAAACAUCACAUGGGAAUCGCACGUAAACGUCGAAUGCGAUCCCUCAAAUUAUGAAAAAGCUACGAAAAGAAGAAAAUGUCCAGUUCCCGGGUGCCGAGAGAUUCUAAGCUACUCAAACACAAUAAAAUGCCGGGAUUGCAACUCCGACCACUGCUUAAAACACAGGUUUGGACCCGACCACAAGUGCCCCGGACCAAAGAAACCCGACUCAUCUUUUCAACUAAUGGGGUUCUUAAAUCGAUCAAGAAAAGACGACCCGAAGAAACCCCCUCCUGUCGCAUCGUCGUCGAAAUGGGCGACGAGUUUCUUCAAUGCAGCUUCUUCUGUUCGGGCUUCUGCAGAAGCCUGGAUCGCCAAAUUGAGCACUGAAUUCAAUCAAGCAAUGUCUAGGGACAAAAUGACGGAAAAAAACAGCGGCAUCAAUAAUGGAGGAGGCGGAGUCGAAGCGUGUCCGCAAUGCAGUCUGAGAUUCUCGACGGUCGGCGCGUUGGUGGAUCACGUCGAGAAGGUUCAUGAAAGGAAUGGCGUUAUGAAGGCUACGCUCGACAUCUGCCCCAAAUGCAGCAAAGGGUUUCGCGAUCCGGUGACUCUCGUCGAUCACGUCGAGCGAGAACAUGGAGGCUUUUCGAAAGCUUAAAAAGAACACAAGGUACGUUUGGGAUUUGAUUAUCUAACACAAGAUAAGAUGUUGUUUGUGUUUAAAUCGAGUGUUUCUUGUCUUGUGUCGCCAUAUUUUCUUCAAUGUUGUCUACUUGUAAGAUUACACCAUUCUUCUGUACGAGGAAUACUCCUUCAUUGUUAACUAAAAUUAUUUUU